AUGGUGACUGGAGGAGAGAGAUUGAGCCUGGCGAAAUUUCAUGAAAAAUCAGUCGUUCUCAAGCUUUUUCCGACGAAACAGGCAACGGCUGGCGUCGUGGAAGGGUUGGGGUUCGACGGAGGGGUCGGGCUGAUCCUUUUGGCACCGGUCCCGUGCGUUGCCAUGGCCAGAUGUGGUGGUUCGAAGAGAAAGAAGGGAUCAAGCUGA